AUGGAGUUUGAUCGCACAACCUUUGUCCCUUCGCACGAAGGCGAUACUGUGCUACCAUUGUCGCCCUUUUUUUCUCGCUUAGUACGCUAUGCGCAUUGGAGUCCUCCUCGACUGGCAAUCCGAGAUGUGAAUCUAGGUACUGAGAAAACCUAUCUCCAGUUCCUCACUGAUGUUCUCGCGCUUCGAAACGCGCUGCGCAGCACCUUACCAGAUCAAGUCCAUGGGGACUUGAAUGCUGGAAAGGAGGUAUAUGUUGGCUUAUUGGCAGCCGGUGGAUACGAGUAUGCUGUUGGUUUUGUGGCUAUUGUAGCAUUGAAAGCAGCUGUGGUGCCCCUGACACCACUUGUUCCCGUUCAAGAAGCGUCAUAUUUUAUUCUGAAGGCUCGCUGUGUUGCUCUUUUGGCUUCUGACGCCUGUACGAGCCUUUGCAAGUCUCUCUGCGACCAUAUGAAAACAGGGCAACAUCUCGAACCGCGAUGUAUAUCCAUUUCAGGUUUUUUUCAAGCGUCUCCUCUCAAACCAGAAGAUAUCAGUCUCUCAACUAGCCGGUAUCUUGACGAUAACGGUGCGGCUGUGGUAAUUUUUACCUCUGGUACGACUGGGCCUCCAAAAGGCGCUGUAAUGAGACGUGCAUUCUUGCAUGACUGCUCUUCGGACAUCACGCACCACUUCGAUAUUACUGCAUCUGAUGUUAUUCUACACAUUUUGCCGGUACAUCAUGCAACGGGAAUUGGUAUAAAUUUCCUUCCAUACAUGUUCUCGGGCGCAUGCAUUGAAUUUCGAAGCGGCAGCUUGAGCACUCAGUGGCUCUGGGAAAGAUGGAGACAAGGUGGCGUUUCAGUAUUUUCAGGUGUACUAACGAUAUAUAUGCGCAUGAUGAGGUACUAUGAACAGAAACUAGCAUCCUUGCCCCUGAAUGAUUUGGAGAAGUAUAUCAAUGGCGCAAGAAGUCUACGAAUUUUAAUAUGUGGAACUUCUGCCUUGCCUGAACCCGUGCAAAGUUCCUGGAGCAAUAUGCUAGGCGAAAACCGUCGCAUUCUUACGCGAUAUGGAUCGACAGAAGUCGGCGCUAUUUUCCGGAUGCCUCUUGAUUGCAAGGCGACGCCCGACAGCAGUGUAGGAACAACUGCGCCCGGAGUAACGAUCAAGCUUUCCAAUGGAGAAGAGGGAGAGAUUUUGAUCAAAAGCCCAUGGAUGUUUUCAAAGUACCUCGAUGACCCAACUGCAACCGCAGCAGCCCAUGAUGCAGAUGGCUUUUUCAAAUCGGGCGAUAUUGCCCGCCGUGAGGGGAGAAAUUACUUCAUUCUGGGCAGGUCUUCAAUUGACAUUCUAAAAUCCGGUGGGUAUAAGAUAUCUGCGCUGGAUAUUGAACGCGAGAUUCUCUCUCUACCGUAUAUUCAUGAGGCCAUGGUUGUUGGUGUUCAUGAUAAUGAGUAUGGCCAAAGGAUUGCGGCCGCCGUUACCUUGCGUGAUGAUCAGAAAAAUUUUCAGUGUGAGGGAAAUGGUGGCGUGGGUAAGGAUAUGAACAUCUAUGAUCUGAGAAAGGACUUAAGGAGUAGGCUGGCAAGUUAUAAACUACCUACAAUACUAAGAAUUUUGAAGGGAGAAUUGCCAAAAGGCGGGACGGGGAAGGUGGCCAAGAAGCUACUUGGGCCAAAGUUCUUCCCCGAGAGCUACCAGAAUGACCCUGAGGUUCAAAUAUGGAAAAGAGAAGGCAUCGAAAAAUAUGGACGGACCCAGGCAAAACUGUGA